AAGAACAAGUAGUAGUAGAAGAAGAGAGGCCAACGUUCUGUUCAGCGGUUAGCUGCUGCUGCUCAGUUGAGUUGGAGUUUUUCCACUUCGCGGCUAUGAUUGACAGAGUCAGCAGAGGUUUACACGGGCAUGUCCGCACACUCGCACGGUUGUUAUCUUAACAGAGAGAUCUGCAGCAUGGCGAGUGGAGAAAGAACCAAGAGCUGCUGCCAGUCACACACAAGAACAAGAACACCGUGUGUCGGCUUAUUGAGGAUGUUAUUUAUUGCUUUUAUUCACACGACGCGGGCAAAUAAACAAGCAUUCAUUCAGUCAGACACAAUUCUGGAGGUUCUGCAUUUUGGUGAGGGAAGCCUUUUACAAGCGGAGUCUGACAUUGAUUUUAGUUUAUAUCAUCAACAAAGCACGUCCCCACACCGUGGGAACUGCCGACCGAUACGAUUUGAACCUCCAAUGUUGGACUUUCAUGAACAGCCUGUUGGAAUGCCAAAAAUGGAGAAAGUUUAUUUACAUAAUCCUAGCUCAGAGGAAAUUAGUUUGAUAUCAAUAUCAGCAACAACAGCACAUUUUCAUGCCUCCUUUUUCCAGAAUAGGAUAAUUCCACCAGGAGGGAACACGUCAUUUGAUGUGGUGUUUCUUGCUCGUGUAGUUGGGAAUGUAGAAAACACUUUAUUUAUUAAUACGUCACAUCAUGGAGUGUUUACAUACCAGGUUUUUGGGGUCGGCAUCCCAAACCCCUACAGAUUGCGGCCGUUCAUUGGGGCUCGAGUCCCAGUAAACAGCAGUUUCUCACCUCUAAUAAACAUCCACAACCCGUACAGUGAACCACUGCAGGUUGUUGAGAUGUACUCCAGCGGUGGGGAUCUGCAUCUAGAGCUUCCUACAGGCCAGCAAGGAGGCACGGGGAAUUUAUGGGAGAUUCCCCCGUUUGAGACAAAGGGGGUGAUGAGAGCUAGCUUCUCGUCAAGAGACGUGGACAACCACACGGCUUUCAUCAGGAUCAAAACCAACGCUCCAAACGAGGACCAGUUCAUCAUCCUCCCUGUAGAGGUGGAGGUCACAUCAGCCCCUGGUAUCUACUCCUCCACAGAGAUGCUUGACUUUGGUACGCUUCGAUCACAAGAUCGCCCAAAGCUGCUGAAUCUACAUCUUUUAAAUUCAGGAACAAAAGACGUUCCGAUCACAAGUGUGCGUACAACGCCAUCAAACGAAGCCGUCACAGUAGACUUCAAAGCAGUUACGCUCAAAGCUGGAGAGAGCAGAUAUACCAAAGUUGCAAGUAUUAGUUUUGAUGCCUCAAAAGCAAGGAGACCAUAUCAGUUUUCUGGUAAAAUAACAGUUAAAGCGAAGGAGAAGAGCUACUCAAAGCUUGAAAUCCCAUACCAGGCAGAGGUUUUAGAUGGCUACCUGGGCUUUGACCACACAGCUACAUUGUUCCACAUCAGGGACAGCCCCGUAGACCCAGUUGACAGAUCUAUCUUCCUCACAAAUGCCUUCAGCUUCGCAAUCCGGAUACACAACGUGUCACUGCCCGAAGAGGCCAAAACUAUGUUUAAUGUGCAGAACUUCAGCACGCCCAUACUCAUCCCUCCGCACGAGUCCCGUUACAUCUUCUCCCUCCUCUUCAGAGCAGUCCGACCAUCCAUUCACAUAGACAGCAAUAUCCUGCUCAUCACCAACGCGUCAAAGUUUCACCUGCCUGUUCGGGCCUACACCGGCUUCUUGGAGCCCCUGGUCCUGCCCCCGAGUCAGAAAGAGAACCUCCUGGACUUCGGCGUUCGCAGUGCAACAGACACCAGCAGCAUUAUAUUUGUGGUGGUCAACAGUAACCCCAUAGAGCUGGAGAUUAAGUCCUGGCUGGUGACGGGAGACAGCCUCUCCAUGGAGCUGCUAAAGACGGAGAAAGGAAACACAACUGUGGCUCUGAGUCGCCUGCAGGAGCUGCAGAAUUCUUCAGUUUUACAUCACAAAACAGUGAUUUUAGCAUCCGGUUACUAUGCAGCAUUCAGAGUGACAUUAGUGGCCCGGGCACUGGAGGGCACUUAUGAUGGAGCUAUACACAUUACAACAGAUUAUGAGAUAUUAACCAUCCCAGUAAAAGCUCUCAUUGCAGUGGGAACUUUAAACAGCUCCCCAAAACACAUAAUUCUGCCAAUUUCGUUUCCAGGGAAGGUUGUUCACCAAAGCUUCAGCAUACAGAGCUCGUUCACCCAGAAGGUGAGGCUGCAGCAGAUCCGCUCGCUGACGGAGGAUAUUCGCUUUUACUACAAGCGACUCCGCAACAACAAAGACGAGCUGGAGCCCAGACGGAAAUCAAAGGUGGCAAAUAUUUAUUUUGACGCCAGCUUACAGUGUGGAGAUCACUGUUAUGUGGGCCUGCCAUUUGUGCUUAAAUCUGAGUCCAAGCCUCAUGGGCUGGCGUUGCAGGAGGAUAUCUGGGAUGCUGACGUCGAUCUUCACCAGAAACUCCUCAGACGAUGGAAGGAGCUCAAAGAGCACUCAGCACACAAGAUCGAAGCUGUCUUUGAAGUCAACACAGACCUUCAGAAAAACGUUCAAGCUAAAAUAACAGCACAUCUGACCUGGCCUUCGCUAGUCAACUCCUCACAACAGAUCAUAUUCCCCCUGACCAACACAAACAGCUCCUCUGAGGAGGAGGUUAUUCUGCAGAACCCUGCAGACGUUCCCGUCUACGUCCAAGUUCUCCCCUUGGCGCUGCUACCUAACCCAUCUGUAUUUUCUGGAAAGCUAGCAGACAAGUUGCCGUUGGGAAAUUUGUCCAACAUCAACAUUGAUACAAACACCUUAGAGUUCCAGGUUCACAGAAAUCAAACAUCCCUAAUGAGGGGCAGUACAGGGUUUGUUGAAGGCUCAAUCAGACCCUUUGUGUACAACCUCCUCCUGCUGCCGGGCGAAGUCAAGUCGUUCAGCGUGAGGUUCACUCCUGUCUGCAACCACAGCAUCUCCUCCCUCCUCGUCGUCAGGAACAACCUGACUGUGAUGGACACAAUCGUACUUCACGGACGGGGAACAACUGAGAGCCUGAAAGUUGCUGGGAAGCCUCCAGGACAGGGCAGCUCACUGAGGUUUAAGAUGACAGAGGCCCUGCUGAAAGACUGCACAGAGAAAACAAAAAUCAAAGAGCCAAACUUCACUCUCAAAAGAACCUUCAGAGUGGAGAACACAGGAAUGCUCCCGAUCACCAUCAGAUCUGCAGAAAUCAACGGCCAGCCUUGUGAAGGAUAUGGAUUCAAAGUUCUCAACUGUCAAGAAUUUACACUGAAGCCGAAUGCAUCAAAAGACCUCGUCAUUCUAUUCACACCCGACUUCACAUCAUCCCGAGUGAUCCGGGAGCUCAAACUGGUGACAUACGGAGGCUCAGAGUUUGUGUUUAUCCUGAACGCCUCGCUGCCCUACCACGUGUUGGCUACGUGUGCAGAGACCUUGCCCAGACCCAGCUGGGAGCUGGAGCUCUACAUCAUAGUGUCCGUCAUUAUGAGUGCCAUGUUUCUGUUGGUGAUCGCCACCGCCUACCUGGAGGCUCAGAGCAUAUGGGAGCCAUUCAAGAGACGAGUCUCCGUGGAAUCCAACUCCAGCUUAGAGACUGGGAAACCUUUUAACCUCAGGGACAUUGUGCAAAUUCACAGCGAUUCAAAGUUGAACGACUACAACGACUCGGCCCAGAACUCCAGAGGAUUGUACGCGUCCAGCAACGGCACAGCGCGGGUCGGAGGUCGGCAGGGCAGCAGCCGCACUUUAUCAGACUCAGACAGCCAAGAUAAGAGGUCCAGGAUCACGAAUAGCCGCCCAUCUAUGCAAGCCACUUCAUCUCAGUUGGUCAAAGGAAGUUCAUCCCAAGACGGCCCCCCAGCUGCCUGCCAGCUAACUAACCGUAAAGCUCGCAGCACCAAACAGCUGGACCCCCAGAGUCAAAGUUUAGCAGGGUCUUCAUUACCUCACAGAGACCUCUGCUCUGAGGAUGCAGAUUACGCCAGCCUGAUCGGAGCCAUGGACAACGACCUCGACCGUCCAGAUUCGCUGAGUGCCGAGGCGCUACAGGAGCAGAGCUCUCAGUUUAUACAAAACAAAGUUUUGGAUUACAAAGGGAAGCUGAGGAUGAAAACAAAAGCCCAGAGGAAGAAGGAGGAAAAAGAGAGAAAGUCAACAGUGAAGACUCAGGGAGAUGAGUUCAAAGAUAAUCUGGCCGACAACGACGACAGCUCCUCCACGACCACAGAGACUUCCAAUCCUGAUGUGGAGACAAACAUGAAAGAGGAGCCAGUAAAAAAGAAAGGGAGGACGUUAAUUCCUGAGAAGGUGAAAGAGGAAGAUUCAAAUUUCCUUAAUAAGCCCAAAAUAAAGAAACAAGGAGCUACAAAGAAAGAGAGUCAAGUAGAAAAAUCCAGUUCCCUGGAGCUGCCGUACGUAACACCCCUGGAGAAUAAACAGCGCAAGAGCUUCACACCCAAACCUCUCCACCCUCUCACCACCAUCCCAAAGACGAGACCCCUGCAGAAGCAGAGAUUAGACGGGAAGCCGGAGGACGGGCACCCCUCCUUCUUGCCCAAACUGUUGCCCAGCUCCUCAGUGCCGGAGCUGGGCCACAGCAGCAGCUCAGAAGGUGAGAAGGAGUUUGCUUCUCCGGAGUGGGACAUCCCUCUUUCCAAAAACAGCAUCCAAGCAGACCUCCAGCAGUACUCCUUGCAGACAAUGAACGCAGAUCCUUUCCUAAAGAGAUCCGCCACAGCUGGGACCUGCUCCCCUCCACCCACCUCCCCCAGCUUACUGACUCGAGGCACCUACAGCAGUGUGCUCAACAGUAGCAGUGAGGUAAACCAGAAAAAGGCCCCAGGAAAUAAACCAUCUACAGGUGCUCCGCUCCCGGGUAAAAACGGAAACCCCACCUUUGCUGCUGUAGCUGCAGGUUAUGAUAAAAGCCCAGGUGGUUCUGGUCCAGGUAAAACUGACAACCAAGGCAAGACUCUGUCUCACAUGACAUCAGUGGAAAGUGACAGUUCUGACAGCUCUGGAUUAUGGAGUCCGAUCGACACAGCCAGUAGUUCAAACUAUCCUACCAACUCUUUCUCAGCUUUUGGGCCCAAUAAUCCCUUCAACCUGACAGGAGUUUUCAGUGGAAUGAGCCUCCCAAAGUCAUCUGAGCCUCAGUCAAGCUGGCCGGAGUUCUCCACUGUCCCUCCCACGAUCUGGGACUCUCUGCCUUCGUGGUCCAGCAGCUCCAGCUCGCCCACUGCUCCCACUGCAUCACUCCUGGGAGCCGCCCGUAACCCCUGGUCUGCGACCACGCCCUACAGCAGCUCCAUCUGGUCAACGAGCACAGAUGCGGCCUUACACCCGUUCUCACCGACGACCAACUCUACAGCUCUGCCUGACCUGGUGAGCAGCACCACCCCCUCGCCGCCAGCUACCACGGAGAUGAGCCGGACCUACAACCCCUGGAGCAUAUGGGGCCCAUCCCUGAACAGGCGCAGCUCCGAGCCCUGGCCCAGCUCCUCUGAUGCCGGCAAUUAAAGCGCAAACGACAGCACUUAACAGAAGUUCUUCGUAUGCGAAAUUGUUUUAUUAUCAGAGAAUCCCCCCCAACAUUUAGCUGUCUGCAGCCUUUUUGUCUUUUUUGUUUUCAUAGGGGCAGAAAUGCUAACUUUUAAUUGGAUUUGUUUUAACAGGUGCCCCCCUGGUGUACGCUAAUCCCGGGGCAGACAGUUUGCAGCAUUCCCUGUCAGUCUGUAACAUGACGCUAAAGUUCAGAAUUCAUUUUGGUUUAUAUUAAAAAAGUAAUUUCACUUGGUUUUUAUUCGGCAACAGGUUGCUUUCCUAAUCUGAAAUCCCAUUUUUUUUCUCACCAACAUCCCAUCAAGAAUAUUUAUGUUCCCCUUUUACAAAGUGGGCUGUGUCCCGCUGAUAUCAAAGCCUUCUGUGGGAAUAAGUGGGCCAUAUGAUCAAAGAGCUCCUAAGUUUGAGGUUUCAGCUGCGUACCUCGCCUCUGUUUGUCAGUAAAUUUAAAUAAAGGAUUUCAGCAGAAAA